CCUCCCCCCUUCUUCACGCUUCAACUCUGUUCUUCCUCGUCGCGCCUCUCGAUUUCUCCUUCCUCCCCAAUCCCUCGACCUUCUCCUCACUUUAUAUCAAAUUCCGUCUAGUGAUCCCUCUUCUUGCCCUCACGUCUCGUCAAAAUCGCAUCUUACGCCGGCCUCCGCCGCCCGAUCCGUGCCGCCUCUCCACUGCCUCUACGUGAUUCGUCGAUAUCAUGAGUAUUUACUCUCCUCGAUGAACCCACGAAACUAGGAUCUUGCAUGCAAUGGACUACCAGGGGGGCUGCUCGUAAGCUGGCACUGUGAGCGUGACCGAUGGAAGACGCAGGCGUGGCGGCGCUGGGGGCGUCGAAGGUGGUUAAGGUGAGGCGGGAGGUUCUGGCCGCGUGCAUGAAGUGUUCUAUCUGUCAAAAGCUCCUCAGGGACGCCACCACCAUCCCCGAGUGCCUCCAUACUUUUUGCAGGAAAUGCAUUACAGAGAAACUCAAUGAUGAGGAGAUAGAUUAUUGCCCUGUAUGUAAUAUUAGUUUGGGAGCUGUUCCAAUGGAGAAGCUCAGAGCUGACAACAAUUUACAAGACAUCAGGGAAACAAUUUUUCCUUCUAAAAGAAGAAAGGUUGAACUUCCUGAGAAAGCACCAACCACAGUGUCUCCAGUUAAAAUUAAAGAAAGAUCACUUUCUUCAUUGGUUGUCAAUACUCCUAAUGUAGCAACACAGAUGAGUUCAACAGGAAGGCAAAUUAAAGCAGUCACUAGAAGAACAGUCAUUGUUCAUGAUCGGAGUUCAUGGGCUGAUGAAUCUAGCAAUAAAGACAAUUAUUUCGAUAAGCAUGUUCAAAAGCCAAGCUCAAAUGUGAGAAUGAGCAACGAAACUGAUAGAUUGAGCAAAGUUUCUCAAAAUAGAAAACAGCCUCAUCCUAGCUUGGAGUCAUCCAACCACACACUUUAUGAGGGAAAAGACAGAAGUGGUGGGUUUAAAGAAAAUGUUGAUAUCUGGAACUCCUUGAAUUGUCUGGUGGAAGCUGCAAACAGGACAGAAUCAUUUAGAUCUGUUCCCGAGAGCCCUGACGCUGAAACUGAAGGACUUAGUAAGAAGGAAAGGGUUAAAGUGCAUCCACACAAGUUUAAAGUUACUGAACAGACAGAUAAUAGUUCAAUGCCACAAGUAAUACCAAAAGAAAGUAGGUUGCAAAGAGUCAAGAGAAGAAGGAAAGAGCCUACUGCAUCUGCUCAAACAUCCUUUGAUUCUGGAAGUUCUCCAUGUGUUGGGAGGAAUCCAAUAUGGUUCUCCUUGGUUCCUUCUGUCGAACAGACCGAAGAUUCACAAUUUCAGCAGCUAUCUUCAAACUAUAUAAAGAUCAAGGAUGGUAACAUGCCUGUGUCCUUCAUCCACAAAUACCUUGUAAAGAAGCUUAAUCUUGAGAAUGAAGCUGUGCUGGAAAUCACUUGCCUCGGAGAACCAGUGAGCCCCGCAAUGUCCAUGAACAAGCUUGUGGAACAAUGGCUAAGAGAGAGAUCUUUGCAAAGGCUUCAGGCGACAGUCGAAACCUCAGCUAAGGAGUUUGUAAUGGUAUUAGCCUAUGGCCGUCGCAAGGUUACAGAAAAUGAAUGAAUUUGACAAUUGCAUCGCCAAUGAAAGCUCACAAUCGAAGAAUACAUUUCCAUGUCGAAACCUCGGGCACUCAAAGGGAGUCCAAGUUAGCACAUCUCAAUAUGUCAUCAUUUUCUCAAUUUUCUGCUUUCACAUUCAAUGUCGUCUCUAUGUAUGCAAUUUAAGGAUUAUGAGAUGUCUAUUUUGAUAAGAACACAAUAAUUUACACCAAAUAACUAAAAAGAAAAGCUUUUCAUUACAGGCCACAACUUAUUGUAAAUCUCAGUGAGAGUUUAUUCU